UUUUUUCUUAAGGUGCAAUGAAAGCCUUCCAUGCUUUCUGUGUCGUCCUGUUGGUGCUUGGAAGUUUCUCUGAAGCCAAGUUUGAUGAUUUUGAGGAUGAGGAAGACAUCGUGGAGUAUGAUGAUAAUGACUUUGCAGAAUUUGAGGAUGUCAUGGAAGAUUCUGUUGCUGAACCUCCUCAGCGGGCGAUGACCACCGAAGACGAUGAAGAUGAGGCCGUGGUAGAGCUGGAAGGGCCGGACGCAAACCAAGAGCGAGAUUUUGAAGGUGCUGAUACCCAGGAAGGAGACACCGAGAGUGAGCCAUAUGAUGAUGAAGAGUUCGAAGGUUAUGAAGACAAACCAGACACUUCUAGCAAAACUAAAGACCCAAUAACAAUUGUUGAUGUUCCUGCACACCUCCAGAACAGUUGGGAGAGCUACUAUCUGGAAAUUUUGAUGGUGACUGGUCUCCUUGCCUAUAUCAUGAAUUAUAUCAUUGGGAAGAAUAAAAAUAGUCGCCUUGCUCAGGCCUGGUUUAACACGCACAGAGAACUUUUGGAGAGCAACUUUACCUUGGUGGGGGAUGAUGGAACUAACAAAGAAGCCACAAGCACAGGAAAGCUGAACCAGGAGAAUGAGCAUAUCUACAACCUGUGGUGUUCUGGUAGAGUGUGCUGUGAGGGCAUGCUUAUCCAGCUGAGGUUCCUCAAGAGACAAGACUUACUGAAUGUCCUGGCCCGAAUGAUGAGGCCUGUGAGUGACCAAGUGCAAAUAAAAGUAACCAUGAAUGAUGAAGACAUGGAUACCUAUGUGUUUGCUGUUGGCACACGGAAAGCCUUGGUACGACUGCAGAAAGAGAUGCAGGAUCUGAGUGAGUUUUGUAGUGACAAACCUAAGUCUGGAGCAAAGUAUGGAUUACCAGACACUCUGGCCAUCCUGUCAGAGAUGGGAGAAGUCACAGAAGGCAUGAUGGACACAAAGAUGGUUCACUUUCUUACACACUAUGCUGACAAGAUUGAAUCCAUUCAUUUUUCAGAUCAGUUCUCUGGUCCAAAAAUUAUGCAAGAGGAAGGUCAGCCUUUAAAGCUACCUGAAACCAAGAGGACACUAUUGUUUACAUUUAAUGUGCCUGGCUCAGGUAACACUUACCCUAAGGAUAUGGAGGCUUUGCUACCCCUGAUGAACAUGGUGAUUUAUUCUAUUGAUAAAGCCAAAAAGUUCAGACUCAACCGAGAGGGCAAACAAAAAGCAGAUAAGAACCGUGCCCGAGUGGAAGAGAACUUCUUGAAGCUGACGCAUGUGCAGAGACAGGAAGCUGCACAGUCUCGGCGAGAGGAGAAGAAGCGAGCAGAGAAGGAACGCAUCAUGAAUGAGGAAGAUCCUGAGAAGCAGCGCAGGCUGGAGGAAGCUGCUUUGAGGCGUGAGCAAAAGAAGUUGGAGAAGAAGCAAAUGAAAAUGAAACAAAUCAAAGUGAAAGCCAUGUGAAGUCAUCCCAGAAAUUUGAGUUCUGAUGCCACCUGUAAGCUCUGAAUUCCCUGGAAACAAAACAACACCAGUCCAUUUAACACCUUAAAUUUUAGAUACUCCAGCACCUGAGAAUCCUUAUUUCAUCAUCUACUCUACAUAUAAUUUGGAGUUUUACGGAGGUUGGAGAUGCCCUGAAGGGACUGUUUCAAUAAUUUUAUUCCAGAUAAUCAAAUUAUUUUGAUUAUUUUAUAAAAGAAAUGAUAUAUGAAGUCUGUAAUUUUAAAUAUUUUUAAAAUUAUGAGUCAUCAGUGCUUUUAGGACUUCGGUGUUUGACGAAAUAUCAUGAAAUUUAUAGUUAGAUAACUAGAUUGUGGCUUUUGUUUAAACUGAACUGUUGAAAUGGCUUUGAAGACUGACUUUAAACCAAGAUUCCACAAAUAGCUAUUGAAAUUGCACAAUAAACAUUGCUUGAUGUUUUCUUGUGUGUCUACAUUAAACUUGUGAAAAAGUAAAAUUUAGAACACUGCAUGUGGUGAUGAAAUUUCAGGAACUCAAAACAUAAUGCAGUAUAUGUUUUGUAGGUGGGAGGAGCUGAGGACAGUGUUAGGGAGAUGUGUAAGUGUUAGAGUGGUGACAUAUACACAGACAGUUCUUGGGAUGGUCAUCCAGGAAGGUGGUUUUCUUCAUACCUGAUAGCACGAGCUAAUGACAAUGUGAAUGCUGUAUUUUAAGUGGUGGUAUGUUUAUUUUUCUUGAGUAACAAAUGCAUGAACAUUUAGCACUUCCUGUGGAUCAGAUCACAGAUCAUUGGUCUAUGUGAAGUCGCAGACGUUUUCCUUCUUGGUUGCUACAACCUACUGGCUGUCCAUGGAGAAGCUCUGUUCUCUGUUAUGGCUGUGUUCCUUGCUUCUCUAUGCUUUUUUUCUCUUCCAUGGUUGAGACUGGGUGUGUUCUUUCAGAGAAAUAGCCAUGAAUAUGCAUAAGUAUAAUUUGAAAAAUGAGCUUUCCUAAACUAUUUUGAGAGUUCUUUCUGCUUCUUGAGGAAGAAACUCUUGGGGAAGAGGCCCAUCUAUCUGCACAAGCAUUUAGCUUGUUCAGAUCUCUGCAUUUUAUAAAUGCUUCCUACUAAGAAAGCAUUGUUUAGGUCACUGCUUGUACCGGGUAAGGGUUGGGUUUUUUUGCUGGGAUUGGGGUGGUGGGUAUUUUUGUUGAUGCUUUAUGUGCAGGUCUGGUCUGAGGCAAUAACAAUAAGUUGCUGUGAAAACAGCGUGUGCUACUGGUCUUUGUUAACUGCAUGGAAACCUUUCACAUGAGUUUUUCUCUAAGUUAAUACAGAAAUGUGUAAAUUGGGAGAUGCAGAUGUCAUAUUUUUUAACAGUUCAUGAAAUUAAGUUAUUAAAAUAACAAAAGUAACAUAAAACAUAAUUACUUUAAUGCUCUGUAAUUCUAGACUUAGCCCUGUUUUACAGACCUUUAAAAUACAUUUUAGAAAUCAAAGUUGAUAGUCUUAGUUACCUUUUGAGUAAUAAAAGCUUUCUUGAAGUCCCAUAUGUUUGAAACAUGGCAGCUAAUUUUGUAAUUUAAGCAUUCAUAUGAACUACCUAUGGAUGUAUAUUAAACUGAUUGACAAAAGUC